AGGAACAAACAGAGUCAGUUGGAAUGUGCCGUCUAUGAGUCCUACUGUCAAGAGGAGAUAAAAGGCUUCGUAAUAAAUCGGUGAAUUUGCAUUUAUUCAUAUGGUCAAGGUCAAUACCUUCCGACUGCCGAUAAAUAAAAUAAAAUAAAAUAAAAAACCCAGAAACAAAAGACCAAAACCCAAGAAAGCACCAUCGCUGAAUCUGCCUCUGUUCCUGUGUGAGAGUUUUGAAGAAUGGCUCCACAGUGGGUUCUGGUUUGCCAUGGGCUGGUUACAUUGCUGGUGUUGGUUUCCUUCCUCUGCGGCCACUGGCCCAUCUUUAAGGGCACACCCAUCCAACGCAUCCACCAAUUCAUCACCUUCGGCGCUUACGAUUACUUCCUGAGGUUUGUGGGGGUUGUUUUUGGCACCAAGGGAACCGAUGCUGUACUCUCGGUUGAGUAUUUCUGCUGCGACCGACCCAAUCCAAUUUUGCAGGUAUUAUAUCUUGCAAUACUUGGAGGAAUCUAUUACUUAAUUGCAAAGUCUAUCUUUGUCUACAUCCCUGGUUAUUAUCUUAGUGGACUUCACAGGUACACAAGCUUGUUGGCUGUUGGUGUCGGUCUUCUGCUAUUUCUAUUGACUAGCUUUUCUGAUCCAGGAACAGUGAAGGCUGAGAAUGUUUCUCAGUAUCUCUCUGCUUAUCCGUAUGACAAUAUUAUUUAUUCAGAGAAAGAAUGUUCAACUUGUAAAAUACCAAAACCUGCCAGGUCCAAACACUGCAGCAUAUGUAAUCGUUGUGUUUCUCGUUUUGAUCAUCACUGUGGAUGGAUGAAUAAUUGCAUUGGCGAGAGAAACACACGUUACUUUAUGGCUUUUCUUUUAUGGCACUUCCUUAUUUGCGUGUAUGGAACAGUAGCCAUUGUGUUGGUUCUUGUUGGGAGGGCCAAAGAAUUGAGAGUUAUAUAUAUUCUAACUGUUUAUUAUGGUAUAGAAAAUUCUUUCUUUAGUUUAGCUCCACAUGUUGUACAGUGGUUGCUGAGUUCUUACAACACUCAAAUUCUUGUUACUGUGUUUCUUGGAAUAGUUUCGUUGCUGUUGGCGGGUUUCUUUGGUUAUCAUGCCAAACUUUGUCUCACAAAUACUACCACUAACGAGACUUUCAAGUGGCAGGAGUAUGUAAGCUGGCAAAAGAAGCUAAAUGAAGCAAGGGCAAGUGCUGCAGCUCUCAAAGCAAGUCUCAACGGGAUGAGUAGUGAAAGAAAGCCUCCGGAGAGCAAAUGGAGAUCCUUCUUUCGAAAAUCUCCAUUGGAAGAUGUUGAGGUUGUUGUUAAGAGUAACAUGUAUGAUAAAGGAUUCAUUCAAAAUCUUUCUGAGAUAAUCUUCCCCCUUUCAACAAGAGCAUCGUUUACGCAGACCAAAUCGAAGUCUGGCUAAAUUUUGCUGCGAAUCAUCUUUAUGUUUAGUUUUGGAUAUGGUUGCCUCCCACCAUUGAUACGAUAUCAAUCCUUGAUCCCACUGAGAGAGUUUCUUGGGAUUGUGAUACAUGUCUUGCAAAUAUUUGAUGGACUAUUCUAGCAUCGUUGAUGAUCUUUGAUGCUAUCUUGGGCUAUUGUGGCCUUUGGCUGGGAGAGUAAAGAUAGGGGUGUUUUAAUUUUUGUAGUGUUUUUAUGUAAAUAAUACUUGAUUAAUUUAUGCUUACAGUAUAUUUUUAUUUGAA